ACAUGUGCCUCCGCGGAUAGUGUAGGAAAAUCGGUAAAAUCGUGCAAAAAUAGCAAACAGUGGAAUCGUUCGCGAUGGGCCUCGAAACCAUUCAUCGUCCGGGUGCGUUGAAGCAGACGAACAAGGGCCACAAGCAUGGUAAACACUCGUCGAAACGGGAAUUGGAUCGUGCCGCGAAAGGUAAAGUGAAUCUGAAGACGCUCACCCGGCGUGCAAAUCGUCAGCAAUCGCGUGAUGAGCGGCGUCAGCAAGCGAAUCAGAUUCGCAAAAACAAACGCCAAGAAGCGAUCGCGCUGAAGCGAGCGAUCGGUGGUGCUCUGACGGCACCAUUUUUGACCUGCGUACUACCGCUGAACGAUUUGAUCGACCCCAACACGGCUUUGGCCUUGAUCGAAAAUUGCGAUCCCGAAGCCUCCGUUAAGAAGGUUUCGAAUCGUAUACGGUACAUGAAUGUCCCUCGAUUCCGGCAACGGUUUUCGUUCGUCGUUCCAGAGUCCGGCCACGGGCGGGAGUUGAGUGUGUUGGAUGCGCUGAAAGUGUGCGACUCCGUUGUGCUGUUGCUAACGGCCGUCGCCGCCGAAUCAGAUGAGUUGAUUGACAGGGCGGGAGCAAAGAUACUAAAUAUGGCCCUCACGCAAGGCUUACCAACACCGAUGGUCUGCUUGAUGGAUCUGGAUUCGAUCGCACCGAAGAAACGUGUGCAGGUGAAGGCGAACGUUCAGAAAACGAUCGCAACGGUACUUCCGGACGAAAAGGUAAUGCUACUUGCGUCGGAUGCCGAUGGAUUGAAUCUUUUACGUCGCAUCGGUGGCCAGAAGCGCAAAGUGCAACACAAUCGGGCGAACCGACCGCAUCUGCUCGGCGAGAAGGUUGACUUCAUUCCGCAGACGAUCCCGGACCCUACGCCGUCCACCGGUGAAGCAGCACCCGGCGAAGGUAUGGGCAUGCUCAGGGUAAGCGGGUUCCUGCGCGGAGUUCCACUGUCCGUCAAUCAGCUAGUUCACCUACCGGGACUGGGUGACUUUCAAAUGGAAGCGAUCUACUUUCCGACCGAUCCGUACCGGUUGCGAAAGCCAGAGGAUGGCGAAAUGUCAUCGGAUACGGCGCGCGAAACGCUGAUCUCCGAUCCCCAGCGACGAACUAGCUUGCAACGGGAAAACGUUCCCGAUGCGAUGGACGCGGAGCAAACAUGGCCAACGGAGGAAGAAAUUGCAGCUUCACGGCAAGAAACAAAAAAGAAGCUCGUAAAGCGCGUACCGAAAGGAAUGAGUGAUUACCAAGCGUCCUGGAUUCCCGAUAUCGAGGAAGUGGAUGACGAUGAAGAAGAUGACAGUGAAGGCAGCGGGGACGAUAAUAUGUCCUGUGAGUCCGACACCGAAAGCAAGGUGGCGGAGGACCCAGAGGAAGAACAGGAAUACGACGAAGUGAGCGUAUCGUCGGAUGUGCCGGUCACGGCUGAACGGUACGAUAAGGAGAUGGAUAUGGAGGAGGAACGCAGCACGUUGGCGAAAGUGCAGGCCGCCAAAGAUGAUGAGGUGUUCCCGGACGAGAUCGACACACCGGACGGUGCCACGGCUCGUGACCGGUUCCGGAAGUAUCGUGGGCUCGAGUCGUUCCGCUCGUCUGCGUGGGACGUCAAGGAAAAUCUCCCCUUCGAUUAUGCCCGAAUUUAUCAGUUCCAGAACUUUGAUCGCACCAAACGCCGCAUUUUGCGUGAGGCUCAAGAAAAGGAAGGUGACGAUGUGGCCAUGCCGGGCUGGUACGUGAUGCUGUUGAUUAGGAAUGUGCCGAAAGAUCUGUGGAACGCUUUCGUGUCGAUCGCGGGCAGUGUUGAUCGUGUGAUCAUUUUCGGUUUGCUGCCACACGAGCACCAAAUGUCAGUGAUGAAUGUUUGCCUCAAACGUACGCCCAACUCGAUGAUUCCGAUCAAAUCGAAAGAACGUCUGAUCGUACAGUGCGGCUUUCGGCGCUUCAUCGUGAACCCGAUUUACAGCCAGCACACGAACGGUGACAAGCACAAGUACGAACGGUUCUUCCGGCCCGGCGCGGCCGUCGUGGCAACGUUCUUUGCACCGAUUCAGUUUCCGCCGGCGCCGAUUCUGUGCUUCCGCGAAAAUCCGGACACCUCCCUUGGGAUGGUUGCUUCCGGAAGCGUCAUCAGCUGCAAUCCGGAUCGGGUGAUCCUGAAGCGGGUCGUGCUGAGUGGGCAUCCGUUCAAGAUCAACCGGAAAUCGGCCACUAUCCGAUUUAUGUUCUUCAACCCGGAAGAUAUCGCCUACUUCAAGCCGUGCAAGCUGCGCACGAAACUUGGCCGCGUCGGACACAUCAAGGAAUCGCUUGGCACGCACGGGCACAUGAAGUGCAUCUUCGAUGCACAGCUCAAGUCGCACGAUACGGCGCUGCUGUAUCUCUACAAACGGGUUUUCCCCAAGUGGACCUACGAGGACUGUAUCGUGUCGUGCCCGAGCGAAGAAAUCGUUCCGAAAGGCGAACGUUCCGUGAAGUUUAACUCGAGAGUGGAAAUGAUGCACGAAUGAGGGUAAGUUAAUUUGCUAUCGCACGCAAACUAACCUUACGUCGCUAAUAAACUUGGUAAAU